AUGUUAAUGUUCUCGUCUCCAUCUCAUCUCUUCCUAGCCGCAAUGCUAGUCAUUUCGUGUUUCCACGUGGCACACGCUGGCACAUGGCUCUCCUUCAAUGACUUCAAAGAGGACGGUUUGGGUGAGCCGUCACGUCGUUUGGGAGACGUCGUUUCGUUGUGCAAGGAAACGCAAAAACGUCUGGCAAAACGCGCUCAGAUGGGUGAGCGCGUGAUUCGCGCUCAACAGGAGAACGAGGCGAUCUGUAGACUCCUCAUGAAGAUGGGUCGCCGUUAA